CAAAGCCUCUCAUCAUCAUCAUCAUCAUCAUCAUUGUCGUCGUCGCUGUUUGCUGCCGCCGUGUAGGCACGCGCUUUUUCCAUGCGCUUGGUAGGUCGCGAACGGCUCGCGUCUUUCUGGAGAAGCUGGGAGUGGAGCAGUGUGGAGAAGCAGAACGGACGUUUAGAUUAACACAGCGUUUCUGCCCUGUGAACCGGUGUUACAGCCUUGUAGAUGAUUUAAUUCACCCCGGGUUUCAUUUUCUUUUCUUUUCUUUACCCAGGAAGGAGCUCAGGGGCCGUUUGGGCCGUAAUCCCAGACUGACUGUGUGUGUGUGUGUGUGUGUGGAUACUGUGGCUUUUCCGAGGAGUUCGGGCAUCCGCAUCCGCUUCGCUCACUCUGUAGCCGUAGCAGGCUAGCUACCCUAACCGGAGACACCGCGAUUUCGUUUAUUUUACCCACCGUGACAGCGUGAAGACAUCUUUCGAGAGUGGACAUUUGAAGGUGUACACACUAGCCUUUUAUUCACAGAGUGUAGAAACUGUACAAGAGGAACCAGAAGACAGAUGUAGCCGAUGAACUCGCCUGCUAACCGAGGAAGAAAGACUGACUGCUGUUCUCAAACGUUACCUCUCUUCAGUCGAGCAGUUAUGGACGGAGUUGUGGGUGAUUUUCUGCCACAGUUAUGGAUGUGUUGAUGGAUACAGGCCACAAAAACGAUCUAAAUUUGGUCAGUUCUUGACAUACUGAUAGUUUUUCAGUAUCCGGGAUUAAACAGCGCUAUCACUUGCAGUUAAAUGUGUGGUACGAGUUAGCUAAGGGUCUGUGACUGAGAGCUAGCUAGUUAGCAAACUUAGUUAGAGUUGGGCUCAGUGGCCGUUAGCGGCCGUUUUUGAUAAUCUAACGGUACAUUUCCGCGGCAAAGAUGUCGUUUUUCAAUUUACGGAAAAUAUUCAAGCUGGGCUCUGAGAAAAAGAAGAAACAGUAUGAACACGUUCACAGAGACGUUAAUCCAGAGGAGGAGUGGGAGAUUGUGGGAGAGCUUGGAGAUGGAGCCUUUGGGAAGGUAUACAAGGCUCAGAGUAAGCAAACAGGUGUUCUGGCUGCUGCUAAAGUGAUCGAUACCAAGACAGAGGAAGAGCUGGAAGACUACAUGGUAGAGAUUGACAUACUUGCCUCUUGUGAUCAUCAUUACAUCGUCAAACUACUCGAUGCCUACUACUACGAGAGCAAACUAUGGAUUCUUAUUGAGUUUUGUGCAGGAGGUGCGGUUGAUGCUGUUAUGUUGGAGCUGGAGCGGCCACUGACUGAGCCACAGAUUCGGGUGGUAUGUAAACAGACCCUGGAGGCGCUGGCUUAUCUCCACGAGAAUAAGAUCAUCCACAGAGAUUUGAAAGCUGGAAAUAUUCUCUUUACCUCAGAUGGUGACGUCAAGCUGGCUGACUUUGGAGUGUCUGCAAAGAACACAAAGACCCUACAGAGAAGAGAUUCUUUCAUUGGAACUCCUUACUGGAUGGCUCCUGAAGUGGUGAUGUGUGAGACAUCGAAGGACAGGCCAUAUGACUACAAAGCGGACAUCUGGUCCCUAGGGAUCACACUGAUUGAGCUGGCACAGAUUGAGCCACCCAAUCACGAGAUGAACCCUAUGAGAGUCCUGCUCAAAAUAGCCAAGUCUGAGCCCCCCACACUCCUGCAGCCCUCGCGGUGGUCUCCAGAAUUCAGUGAUUUCCUGAAGAAAGCGCUGGAUAAGAAUCUUGAUCAGAGAUGGAGUGCAACACAGCUCCUGCAGCAUCCAUUUGUUUCAAGUGUAAUUGAUAACAAACCUUUGCGUGAGCUAAUUGCUGAGGCCAAAGCUGAAGUGUUUGAAGAGAUUGAGGAAGGCAAAGAAGAGGAGGAGGAAGAGGAGCCAGACACACAGCUGGAUGUGCCAGGACACAAGCGAGCGCUGUCAGAAACCAGUGUUGGCAGCUUAGAGGAUGACAAGCUGUCUCAGAAUAUAUCUAUGCCAGAGUCAAUUUCUGAGGGUGCUGAGCCACAGGCAGAACCUAGCACAGUUGAGGACAGCAAGAGGACCUCAGUUGUGGGUCUGGACUCCAGAGAAGCUGAUCGUAUUGAGGAGGAGAGGAAAAAACUGGUCACUGAAAGAGACAUCAGUGCUGAAAACUCAAAUGCUGGAGACAUAAGCUUGUCAAAGCAUGAAGAAAUCCAGACUCCAGAAACUGUUGCUGAGGAGAAGAUUGCUGAAGAACCAAGUGCUCCAACACCAAACAACACAGAGACCCAGGAGACUGCUGUCCAGAAGAUUGUGACUGUCAGUGAGGAGACAGGAGAGGAGGAGAAGGAGGAGGUUAUGACAGAAGAGCAAUCGGAGAACCAUGAGGAGGAAAAGAAAAUUGAUGAGGUUCAAAAAGAUCAAGAGCUGAGGAAGACAGAGGAAACUGGCACAGAGGUAGGAGAAGAAAGUACUGAACCAAAGGAAGUAACUAUAACAGAGGUCAAAGAUAACAGUGUUCCUGAAGUAGCCAUUAUUGAAUUGACUGAGGCUAAUGUAGAUGUCCCAGGAGAGACAGGGGACUCAGUGGAGGCUAAAGGAGAGAUGGAAAAGAAGGAGUUGGAGAAUAUGGACAAAGAAGAACCUGUUGACGUGCCUGUAGGGGAGGAGAAAGAAGAGAAGGUGGAGGAAAAAGAGGAGGAAGACAAAAAGCCCCAGCAGGAAGAUCUAGAGGACCAGCCUAAAGCUGAAACAGAGUCUAAGUUAAGACCAGAUGAGGGCCAAACUGAGAUGCCAGCGGAUACAGUUCUAGAAGACAUUCCUUCUGAGAAAGAGAAAAGAGUGAAUGAAAGUGAGGAGACCUCUGUGGAUGUGGAACCUGUCAUUGCAAUCAAUGGGCAAAAAGAGGAUGAAGACAGUGCAUCUAAAGAGGUUCCAGAAACAACUGUGGAGCAGUUGGCAUCCUAUGAAGCAGCUCCUGAGGGGGUUGUGGAACAAAACUCAGCUGCAGCAGUUAAACCUGAUGUUGAGAAGGAUUCUGAUUCUGGAAGUAGUUCUGCAGCAGAUACCAACAGCAUUGACAUAAAUCUUUCUAUCUCCAGCUUCCUAUCAAAAAGCAAGGAGGGAUCUGUUUCUAUUCAAGACACCAGACGUCAGAAGAAGACUCUGAAAAAGACUCGCAAGUUUUUGGUUGAUGGUGUGGAAGUAAGCGUCACCACUUCAAAGAUAAUUACUGACAAUGACACCAAGAGUGAGGAACUAAGGUUUCUGAGGCGUCAGGAGCUGCGUGAGCUGAGGCUGCUACAGAAGGAGGAGCAGAGAGCCCAUCAACAGCUCAGCAAUAAGCUGCAACAACAGAGAGAGCAAUUGUUCCGGCGCUUUGAGCAGGAGAUGACAGGUAAGAAGCGCCAGUAUGACCAGGAGGUGGAGAACCUGGAAAAGCAGCAGAAGCAAACCAUAGAGCGUAUGGAACAAGACCACACCAAUCGACUGAGGGAUGAGGCUAAAAGGAUAAAAUCGGAGCAGGAUAAGGAGCUCUCAAAGUUCCAGAACAUGCUUAAGAAUCGCAAGAAGGAGGUCAAACAGGAGGUCUGCCUGUCACCCAAACACAUGAGAAAAGAGCUUAUGAAACGCUUAAAGGAAGACCUAGCUGUUGUUCAGCAAGAAGAGGAGCAGGAGUUUCUGCAGAAGCAGCAGCAGGAGCUGGAUGGCGCUCUGAAGAAGAUCAUCCAGCAGCACAAACUGGAGAUCGCUACCAUAGAGAGAGACUGUCUCAACCACAAGCAGCAGCUCUUGAGAGCUCGUGAAGCAGCCAUGUGGGAGCUAGAGGAGCGCCACUUGCAGGAGAAGCACCAGUUACUAAAACAGCAGCUUAAAGACCAGUACUUCAUGCAGAGGCACCAGCUUCUAAAAAGACACGACAAGGAGAUGGAACAGAUGCAGGGCUAUAACCAGCGGCUGAUAGAAGAGAUGAAGAACAGGCAGGCUCAGGAAAGAGGCCGUCUACCAAAGAUCCAGCGCAGUGAGGCUAAGACUCGCAUGGCCAUGUUUAAGAAGAGCUUGCGCAUCACUGCCACAGGAACCCCGGAGCAGGACAGAGAGAAAAUUAAACAGUUUGCUGUACAGGAGGAGAAGCGCCAGAAGAAUGAGAGGCUGCAUCAGCACCAGAAGCAUGAGAACCAGAUGAGAGACCUCCAGCUUCAGUGUGACUCCAACAUUAGGGAGCUGCAACAGCUACAGAAUGAGAAGUGCCACCUGCUGAUUGAGCAUGAGACUCAGAAGCUGAAGGAGCUGGACGAGGAGCACAGCCAGGAGCUGAAAGAAUGGAGAGAGAAACUUCGUCCCAGGAAGAAGGCUCUUGAGGAGGAGUUCACUCGGAAGCUGCAAGAGCAGGAAGUCUUCUUUAAGAUGAGCGGAGAGUCAGAGUGCCUUAACCCCACUGCCCAAAGCAGAGUCUCCAAGUUCUACCCCAUUCCUAGUGUGCACUCUUCUGGCUCAUAACCCCUGUAAUUGUUCUGUAUCUCAGGCACUAGAAGGUAGAACAGCUCAGCCUGACGGUCGGUCUCUGUUCUACUGGAUGUGCCAGGAGGAACAUUGGGUUUUGAGAAAAAUUGAUCACAACAGCAUGUUUUUUUUUCCCUUUUUUUUUUUUAAUGUAUAAGUAUGAAAGUAACAACAGUGCAACAUUUCAGCAGUGCAGAACCUUGGCAUGCUGUACGACUAUGAAUCCAAUGGAUUAACGUUUUAUUUUUAUUUCUCUAGUCUGCUGGGAGUGUUGCAUGAUUGUGACAUUAGCACAAAUUAAUGAUGGGCACACUCAGAUGGUUAUGUUUUCUUUUGAGGAAUUACUUAUUAGAAAUGAACAAAUGACUCAGAGUCUGUGCUGGAUCAAUGAUGUGAAACUUUUGAAGGUUUUAGUGUGACUUGGAAUCACUUUGUAACUGAGAGAGAUUGGCAACACAUAUAGUGCUAUGAUGCACAGGUUUAUGCUUUGUAUUACAUUAAGCUGCCUUUUCUUUAAGCCUAGCUCAGAGAAUUUGCUUUUCAUAUUUUCUCUCUGACUGUUAGAGUCUAAAGGUUCAGUCUUUUAUAUGUUUGAAUCCAGUAUAUGUACAAUAUAUAUAUUUUUUGUGCCUCUCAAAUAUUAACAGAAUGAGAAUUAGAACUUCAGUCUCAUAGGGUUCCUGUUUUACUUGCGAUACAGGUUUUAGGGAGGCAUACUAGGGGAAGCAUGUUUAGUUAACAAGUCUGUAACCCCCACCCAAAAUGAAGUGCUUUACUGAUAUGCAGAUGAUGUUUGCAAAAUAUGCAGUUUUUUAUCAUGUUGCUUUGUGGUCAGACUGCAGAAUGAACUCAAGGAAUGUAACAAGGUAUCUGUACUUACUGGACCCGUAAUGUGGAGCCACAUAGUUGUGAAAAUGGAAUAUAACACCCGCACUUCUCACGUGCAUCUUUAAACACUCUCUUAAGCUGGAGUUUUGCAAAUUCAAAAUAUACAUGACUUAAAGGAAAGAAAGAGGAAGAGGUUAACCUCCAUUAUAGCCUGAUGAGGAGAGGUUGAGGUGUUUUACUCAGCAUGAGCUCAACCGUUAAAAUAAGUAUGUGUGGUGAAAACACUCCUGAUGUGAAAAAUUUCCUUAUGUCAAAAAUAACUUUUAUUACAGUUCCUUUAGGUAAAUUGAGCAUAUGCAGUAGUUUUUGGGAAUGGAAAGGGAAAAUGAAACCCUACAUUCCAACACACUUAUUGUCAUUAUUAUUAUUAUUAUUAUUAUAAUUAUUAUGAUUGUUUUCAGUCAUUAUGAGAAUUUCGAACCAUUUAAGAAAGGGAGGAGAAGACAGAUGUUACCAUUCUUUUUAGUAGUUUCCUAUUUUUUAAGACGUUAACCUUAUCAUUUAUAAAGUUAGUUCUGGUCCUGUGUUUUGUCUUUUUUAAGAUUUGCAUAUAUCAAAUGUCUUUUUGAAGAUUUGCAUAUAUCAAACUUGCACAUAUUUCUCUGUUUACUGUAGUCAGUUUGAAUUUCUGAUGAAGGAUAUGGACGUUGUUGAUUCUGUGUACAGUGAUGCCUUGGAUGUACAGUGGUGUCUCGAAUGGCUUACAAGAAUGUUUGUUGCAUUUCUUUGGUUAGACACAAAUUGCUUCUUGGAACAGUUUGUAUUUCAGGGGCCAGAUUCACAAAAGCUUUCUUAAGAAAAAAAACUUGCUAAGGGUCUUAAGACAAACACUAAGAAGUUCAUAAGAAUGUUCUUAAAUACAGCUCACGAAAAAACUUAAAAUAGGAGAAAUAUUAAGAGGAUUUUUGAAGAGUAACAGAUGUCCCUAACUUUCUUCUUAAGAAUGAAGUUAAGAAAAAGCACAUUUAAGAUUUUCUUUCUUAAGACAGUUUCGUGAAUUCGGCCCUUAUUUUUUUCUCCUCCCAAUACGAGAGUAGCCAGGUCCCAUAGUAGUGAUUGGCUUAUCCUCUACAGUGUAAGAAAUCCAACAGUGUGUGAAGUCUGACACAUGCUUCCUCGCAGAUGCAGCCUGCUUUUGCAUUUUUUCAUGUUAUAAGCUGAGCAGCCUUGGCAGGACUCCUCACAUCUGGGGACUGUGCAGACUGCUCGGCUGGUUUGUUGCAUAGCGACAGAGGGAAAGGUGAUGGCCAAAUGAGUUCUCAGAGUGCUCUGGGCUUAAGACAGUGUACUGUACAGCUGGAACUCAGAUCCAGCAGUAGGGCGCAUAUCUGCACUGAUCAGCAGUGCUUAUACCACAUUUUUUACUUCAUAUUCAGUUCUGUUUUUUACAGUAUGAUUUUUGCAAGAUUUUUUUUCUGUAUAACAUUCACAGUGUUGAGAAAUGUGUCCAUAUGCCUCCUGCAUGCUGAAAUCCUGAAUGCUGGAUUUGACUUGGAACUUGAGCUCAACGGGCCAUGCUCUCUUUAAAGGCGAAUUCCACCUUUUAAUCUGUAUAAUUAAAUUGUUAUGAUACUCUGUGUCAUUCCAAGUGGUUUGAUGUGAAGUGGUUUAUUGCUGAAGAGUUUAAUGCCUCAAAAAGCUCCCAUAUAAAAAAGUAUUACAUGAAAUAAUUAUGAAUGCACUUCUUAAUGUCUGAGACAUUGUUUUACAGUUGUUUUGAGAUCAGCUUUUGACCCAUUCUUGGCAGAGAGUUGCUAGGAGGGCAUGGGAAGGCAAAAUAGUCUCAUAGUCUUUAUUAGUGGUUUUGGAUAGUAAAUAAAAUGGCUAUAUUUGUGUUUGUAGACAUUGUGAGACCUAAUUCCCAUCACCACCACUGUAAAGAAAUCUGAGUUGGUAAGUUUCUCUACACUGAAGCAGAUCACAUCAAACCACUCUGAAUGACUGUUUACAUCUUAACUGUUUAAUUAUGCAGUAUGUCUUGGAAAGUCCCAUUGUACUAGCAGAUCCUUCAGUUGAAUUCUUAGAGCUGCAUAAAAAUGCAGUGCAAAGCAGGAUUCUUCCCACUGGGGAAAACAAUGUGAAAUCCUGGGGAUUAUUCUGCUAGGCAUUGCUGUUUAAAUCUUGUGGCACUUUGGUGGAAUGUCUAAAGCAUUUUCAAGGUCAAUUUGGCUAAUGUAUCUAAUAGCCUGCAUUGAUUGACAUGCUGUAAAUAAAAUCCUCCCAUUGUA